ACGAGAUUCCCUUAGGUUGGCUUAGGAUCGGUCCGAAUCCAAACCUAAGCCCAUAGAAACACCCCUAGUGGUCGAGGAUACCCUCCUUCACCUGUACGUUACGGUGUCUGUCGCGUGCGUUUACUUGUUUCUUUAUGAAAAACACUCUAAACUCCGCUUUCUAGGAGCUAUCAGGAGAUGAGGUUCCUUUGGCUGCUUGUCUACAUCUUGGUGGCGGAUGAGCUUGUGACUUCAAAAGGAGUGCCCGUCAUAGCUGGGAUAGGUGAAGGAUGACAUACACAGCACAGCAUAAUAUCAUAGCGUUUCCAUCAUCCGGAAUCCUAUGGUCGGACCCGGGCGAGUUAACUUCCGACCCCGUGAAGGUCGCAUCCUCUUGCGCAGGUAUCGGCGACAUCACAGGCCCCGUUGCGGAUGUUAACCUUAUGGGCUAUGCUGCUCCCCUCCAGACAGCUCGGGGUCUUCACACACGACUCUUUGCAAGGGCGUUCGUGUUUUUAGAGUCGUCAAAGUCACGGCGGCGGUUUGUAUAUGUAUCCAUGGAUGCAUGUAUGGCAUCACAGCUCGUUUCGCUGAGGGUAGUGCAGCGGCUGCAGGUGGAGUUUGGGGCGGAUAUGUACGGAGCAAGCAACGUAGCCAUCAGCAGCACACACACGCAUGCGUCACCUGCUGGAUUCCUGCAGUACCUCUUGUACGACAUCACGAGUUUGGGAUUCAUACAGGCCACAUUCAAUGCCAUGGUUGAAGGUGUCCUGACGGCCAUCCGUGCAGCACAUGCAUCACUUGGCCCUAUCAAACUGACGCUAUCCAGUGGCGAUUUGGAGGCGGCAUCUAUUAACCGCAGUCCUACAGCCUACCAGGCCAACCCGCUGGGCGAAAGGGGCAUGUAUGGCGCAAAUGUUGAUACCGACAUGACACUGAUAAGCUUGGUUGACAACUCCACGGGUGCCGGACGCGGCAUGCUGGCUUGGUUCGCCGUACACUGCACCUCCCUCAACAACACCAACCGACUGGUAUCAGGCGACAACAAGGCUGCCGCACAGCUGCUGCUGGAACGCUGGGCGGCAGAGGUAGAGGUGCAAGCAGCACUGAGGGGGCAGGAAAGUACAGCGACAGAGCAUGUUAGCGACGAUAUGGUAUCUAAUGUCGCAGCUGCAGCAGCUGCUGAGGCAGUCCUGCGUCUUCGAUUGGAAGAUAUUGCCGGGAACUAUAGUCGCAGCAAAGACGAUGGUGGCGUUCACCUCCAUACCCAAUUGGACUUCAGCAGCGAUGGCGGCGGUGGCCACAGAAUGGAAAAGUCGUCUGGCAUGGGCAAUAGCAGUACUGGGUGUGUGUUGCGCUUUGAGCCUGGUUUUAUUGCUGCAGUGGCGCAGGCUGCAGUGGGCGACGUGAGCCCCAACACAGCAGGGGCAUUCUGCCUUGAUACAGGUCUGCCGUGUGACGCCGCCACCAGCACCUGCAAUGGUCGCAACGAGCUCUGCCAUGGCCGCGGCCCCGCAUGGCCUGACGGCCGCGCCUCGGCUGCCAUCAUCGGUGCACAGCAGUUCCAGAUGGCACGGUGGCUGUAUGAAGCGGCAGCGGUACAGCCAGAGAUGUCCGGUCCCGUGGACUUCCGCUCGACCUUCCUGGACAUGACCAAUAUCACCGUCGCCGCCUCCAACUUGACACGCGCGGGCCGCACCUGCCCGCCGGCCAUGGGCAUGAGCUUUGCGGCCGGCACCACUGACGGUCCGGGCGCCUUCGAUUUCACACAGGGUGACACGCGCGGCCCGCCCCUCUGGCGGCUUGUACGGCACCUGGUGCUGCCACCCUCCCGCGAGCAACAGCAGUGUCAGUCACCCAAACCCAUCCUAUUGGACACGGGCCAGAUAACGGUACCGUACCUAUGGCAGCCACGUGUAACUCAGAUCUCGCUGCUGCGUUUGGGUCGCCUGCUCAUCGCGUGUGUGCCGGGGGAGUUUACCACCAUGGCUGGAAGGCGCCUCAAGAGGGCUCUUUCAGAGCGCUUCGCGGCCGCCUGGGCUGCCCAGGCAGCAAGUGGAGGAAGGGGCGGAGGCCACGAGGAGGGAAGGCCGGUGGUGGUGAUAUCUGGUCUGACGGGGACGUACAGCAGCUACGUGACCACCUGGGAGGAGUACCAGGUUCAGCGGUACGAGGGCGCCUCAACGCUGUACGGGCCCCACACGCUGGACGCCUACAUCCAGGAAUUCCUGCGGUUGGCUGAUGCCAUGAUCGCGGGCACUCCGGUGGAGAGCGCCGUACAGCCGCCGGACCUGGAGUCCCAGCAAGUGAGCCUGCUUGCCCCCGUGGUGGUGGACUGGGUGCCUCCGGGGGCCGCCUUCGGAGCCGUCACGCAGCAGGUGCGGCCCAGCUACUCAACCGGGCAGACGGCGCAAGCUACCUUCAGGGCCGCCAACCCUCGCAACAAUCUGCGUACCAACCUGACCUUCAUGGCAGUCGAGGUGCUGCUGCCGCCGCCGCCAGCACCGGGGCAGGCAGCUGCGCAGGCAGCUGCGCAGGCAGCUGCGCAGGCAGCUGCGCAGGCAGCACUGCAUAAACUGCUGCUGGUUCGGAAGCACCAGCAGCAACAUAUGUGUGAUCCGCAGCAGCAGCAACGGAGCCAGCAGCAGCAGGAGCAGCCACAGGGAGAGCAGCUGAACAGCAACGCACACGGGACCAUCUCUGGGCGAGCGGCUCGUUCGCUAAAAGCAGCCGCAGCGGCCGGCGGCGGCAGUGGAGAUGCUGUCGAUACUGAUGCCGAUGCUGUAAGGGUGGCUGAUGCUGGUGGUGAGCUGGGAGGCGCUCAGCAGCAGUGGGGACUUCAUGGCUCCCGCUCGAAAGCUGGCGUGAAAGAGCGGAUGAGGGAGGUUGAGGAGAAGAUAAUAGAAGUGAAGGAGAGGGCGGAAGGGGCGGCGGAGAGGGAGGAUGGCGAGGUGGAUGCGCCCGAUGUGUCUUCUUCUUGCAGCUCGGUUGAGGGCGAGUGGCGGGUUGUGUAUGACGACCGGGACUGGAUCACUCGCUUCAACUGGUACAGGCCCUUCAAGCUGUCUCCCGAGUCCUUCGCAAGGCUGGAGUGGGACAUCCCGCGCAACAUCCCGCCCGCCACAUACCGCCUGCGCUACUAUGGUGACGCGCGAUCCAUCACGGGGCGGAUAACGCCCUUUGAGGGCUGCUCCGACCCCUUCAGGGUGGAGUAAGUGCUGGCGGGGGCGGGUGGAGUGGUGUUGCCGCUAUGUAACUUUAGACGAUGACCGGCGGGCAUAUAGGCAUCUGAGGUUAGGACAUUCAAUGCAUCAUCAUGGAAGCAUAGGGUUUGUACGAGUGCGAUUUCUGAGUGCGGACUGUUGCGUGAGGCAGGAGUGAAGGCUUGGUCCAUUGUGUUUUGUCUUCGUAAAGAAAGGAUGAGGGGUGCUGGGUGCUCGUUUGCUUUGCUACAGAUCAGGAGUUCAGGAUGGAGAGGAUACAUUGAUGCGUGGAAAUAUGCUUGCAUGGAAAAUGGCAUGUCGUAGGCUCAUCCGUAGCUAAGGUUAGUGUCGCCUGCAUGGCAGUCCAAAUCCCUUUGUGCUUGCACAGUGGGUAGAUGGACAAAAGCGCUAGGAGAACAUCGGUGUUGUGUAGCUUUAGGUGAAGUCUCGGUUUUGUGUGUCAUGCAUGUGAGGCCUGUUUGCGGUUAGUACACAGGUUCUUUGCCCCUCUAGCUUUGGGCCUACUAAUUGAAUUACGGUGUCCAGCAAGGGCCUUGCUGGUGUACUAUACAUUUUGGCAGCUAUGUUUGCUCGGGUAGGGUGGCACACCCUAGGAAGUUUGUACGGCAAGGCAUACUUCUUCGUUUCACGUCUGCGCAUGUAGGGAUGUGGCAUGUUCCAGUUGCGGUUAUGGUAUGUAGUUUUUCCACACUUCCAACAAGCACUAUGGUUACAUGCAUCUUAAGAACCCCUUGUCAUGUGUUGUCUGCGGUUUCCCACUCCAGAACUGAAGGCCGGUAUCGGUGCAGUCGUGUUGCGCAAGAAGCGGUCAACUGCAGCAGCAAUUGCUGCAAUUACAAGCAGUGCAGGGAUCAACGGUUACCGUACGGGUACGCCAAUACCGUACACACAAUUGGGGUAAACCGUCCAGGAGCCACACACAUGCGGCUCGCCUUAAAUGAAAGCCUUGUAAGCACGUUUCACCAUAUUCCCAGGAAUCGUGCUGGUCCGUAUCACGCGCAUCUGUGUGAUUUCCGAUGAAGCAGGACAGGGCUGCUCCGAAGCGGAAGCUGUGGCAUGACCCUCUCCAAAGCAGCUACCUCACACCAUUAUUCACACUUUCUUCAGCAGAUUGGCAUCAGCCAUCAUCAUAUUACGCAUCAGUAAGCACACUCCUGUCUACCUGGGAGACCGGCUGGCUGGACCCCGAAAACCACAUCAACAAUGCAACAGUCAUCAGGACAUAUAGCGACGCUGCUCCUGUGUUCCUCGUUCCUCCGCCACGUAUUGGGCCACGUGCACGCCGCCUCAACCCGCACCCAACGUUUCGCGCAGGGGCAACGGCACGGUUUUGCUUACCCUGCACCCAUGACUGCUAAACAAACGAGGAGAAAACCAAGUGAGGUAGGCGUUGUCACGCCGUUGUCCUUU